ACUACUUGGCGACUAAACGAAAAGCUAUUUGCGUGUUACUCGUAUCCAUCGCUCGUUUUGUUUCUUCCUUCUUCUUCUUCUCUUCUUCUUCAUCCAUAUAAUAAUUUACAGCAAAACAAUAUCCAUUACGUGUUUACUUGGGAACUCCCGAGAAGCCUCCACCGAGAUCUGUUCGGUCUGUCUGGUUCUAGGGUUUUCCCUUCGACGAGUCUCUCUAUUUGAUUGGAUUCACUGUGAUGAAACCAAUCUCCGUAGCAGAGCAGUUCGAUCCUGUUGCUGGUGUUUUGUCUCCACAAGACGGCGAGUUCCCCCAAGUUUCCAGCUUUCUUGUCUGAAUCUGAGAUUAGUUCAGUAACAUCUGCCUUGGAUAGAGUUAACAACAACGACGAGAUCAACUUUUUUAUUUAAUUUAAAAACUGUGUCUGAUUCUUUGCUACAAUGUCUGAACUAAAAGAGCGCCUGCUUCCACCAAGACCUGCAUCAGCUUUGAAUCUCAGAGACGCUGCUGCUGCGUCUCGCUCUUCUGCUUCCGGAAGAACUUCUCUUCUCGGAGUUGACGUCUUGGGUCUUAAGAAGCGUGGACAAGGCCUGCGUUCUUGGAUCCGUGUUGAUACUUCUGGGAACACUCAGGUCAUGGAGGUCGACAAGUUCACUAUGAUGCGUAGAUGUGACUUGCCCGCUCGUGAUCUUCGCCUUCUUGAUCCUUUGUUCGUCUACCCCUCAACUAUCCUCGGCCGAGAGAAGGCUAUUGUUGUGAACUUGGAGCAGAUCCGGUGUAUUAUCACCGCAGAUGAAGUUCUGCUCCUGAACUCUCUUGACAACUAUGUCCUGAGGUAUGUUGUCGAGUUGCAGCAGAGGCUAAAGACUAGUGGUGUAGGUGAGGUUUGGCAGCAGGAUAAUGGGCAGUUGAGUAGGAGGAGGAGGAGCUUUGAUAAUAGUUUUGAGAACUCGUCUCCUGAUUAUUUGCCUUUCGAGUUUAGAGCUCUUGAAAUCGCCCUCGAAGCUGCUUGUACCUUUCUCGAUUCUCAGGCUUCAGAGUUGGAGAUUGAGGCAUACCCUUUACUAGACGAGCUUACCUCAAAGAUCAGUACACUAAACUUGGAACGUGUACGUAGACUAAAGAGCAGACUUGUAGCACUUACAAGAAGAGUCCAGAAAGUUAGGGAUGAGAUCGAGCAGCUGAUGGAUGAUGAUGGAGAUAUGGCGGAAAUGUAUCUCACUGAGAAGAAGAAGAGGAUGGAAGGAUCUUUGUACGGCGACCACCAGUCCUUGCUCGGUUACAGAUCAAAUGAUGGCUUAUCUGUUUCCGCACCUGUCUCUCCUGUUUCUUCUCCACCUGAUUCACGUAGUAGACUCGAUAGAAGCGUGAGUAUUGCUAGGAGCAGACAUGACAGUGCAAGGAGUUCAGAAGGCGUGACAGAGAAUAUAGAAGAGCUGGAGAUGUUGCUGGAAGCUUACUUUGUCGUCAUUGAUAGUACUCUAAACAAAUUGACAUCGUUGAAGGAGUACAUUGAUGAUACUGAAGAUUUCAUUAACAUUCAACUGGAUAAUGUGAGGAAUCAGCUGAUCCAGUUCGAGUUGCUUCUGACGACUGCAACAUUCGUUGUAGCCAUAUUUGGGGUGGUAGCAGGGAUAUUUGGAAUGAACUUUGAGAUAGAUUUCUUCACUCAGCCAGGUGCAUUCAGAUGGGUACUUAUAAUUACAGGAAUCUGCGGCUUUGUCAUAUUUUCGGCGUUUGUCUGGUUCUUCAAGUAUAGAAGACUCAUGCCUCUAUGAGAAGGAGGGAGGACAUGAUGAAUAUGCUUGCCCCCCAGUUAUUAUGUUGCUUAUUACAUCAUUACAUGACUGUUGAUUUGUUUCCUUUGCACAAUUAAACAUUGCCAAUGCAAAUGUGAUAAAAUCUUUUGUCAUUUA